AAGAAGAAAGAAUGAGAGAGAGACGAAAAAAGUACUAAUAAUAUUUUUCUUCUUCUUCUUUUCUCACAGAACAGCACAGCACAAGUCUCUGUCUCUCCUCCAAGUCCCAUGUUUCGCUUCUUCUGUUUGUUUCCUGAGAAAAUUCUACAAAUUCCCUGCAAUCCAAUCUCUUUCUUCGUCCAAAGAUAAUAAUGGCCCAGCAGAUCUCUCGGACGCACUUGUAACAUUAAAGAUUAAAAGAUACAUAUAGAGAGAGAUCCCCUGUUCUUUUGGGGGUGUAUCCCACUUUCUCCUUUUUUUGCAUUUUCCCGAGAAAAUAAAAAGACAAUCUUUUUUCUUUCUUUCUUUCUUUAUUCUCUCUGUUUUCUCAGCAUCUUCCUCAACUAAAGAAAGAAGCUUUGAGCUGAAAAUCUCAGAAAAACCUUUCUUUUGUUCUUGUUUUUUUCUUUUUCUAAAGGUAGAUCCUUUCUCUCUUCUUGUGUCUUGUCACUUUACUGAUUAUAUAAGGUUUCUGGGUUUCUUCUUCUGCAGAUAUCUAACUCAAAAGUUUCAUCUUUUGCUUCCUUCUUACUUAGCGAUCUUGCUCAAGACUGUGUUAAGUGAAUGAAAAAAAAUGCAGCAGAACAGCUUUUUCCCGGGGUGCUAUUUCUCAAACCGUGACAAUACGGAUGCGAGAACUGGCUGGAGUUUGUGUCCUGCACAGAACACUGAUUCGGUCUUAACCAAUAAUAGUUACGGCGUGAACCUGAAUGUUGAUGAUGAUACACUCUCUUUGUUGUAUGGUGAUCUUUAUCUUAGCCAAGUGAAAGAUUCGUUGAGACACACCAUGCUUGUACAUGAAUCUGUCUUUGGAAGUCAGAUCUAUGAGCUUCAUCGUCUGUACCGAAGGCAGAAGGAAUUGAUGAUGGAAAUGGAGGGAACUCAACAUCAAAACGCCUUGUACUUAAAUCCUGCUUUCCCUAUCCCUAGAGCACACUGGAUGAGUUCGAGCAUCUCUGCUUAUCAAACUAGGUAUUUGCCUCAUGAAGAAGACAUUCCUUACCAUAUGGAAGCUGAGCGUCUUGUAGAUAACAAUGUUGAGAAGUUUGAGAAGAAGCUCUUGGAUCUGGAAGUACCAGUUUUUGAGUAUAAUGAUAUGCAUGGAGGAGUCCAUGAUGCUCCAAACUUUUUGAAAGAGCAAUCUCUGAGAAGGUCUUUGGAUUCGGGUAAGCUACAACUUGAUUUGAAUGAACCGGCCAAGAUCGAGGAACAUUCAGAUAAUGUGUUCAGUCAGUUCUUGAGUCCAGUUACAUCAAAUGGGAUUAGAGAAGGUUCUGAUACAAAGAAUGAGGGAGAAAGUUCAUUAAAAGGUUUCAACGGGAUGAAUGAAGCGCAAGGAUCUGUUAAAUGUCGAGAAGAUAACGUAAUUGACUUGAAUAUGUCUCCCCUUUCAUCUGACGAUGAAGUAACAACCAUUGUUCAGAAGUUUGAAACCGAGAAACGACAUGAGUGUUCAUCGGUUACGGUUCAUGGAAAACACAGUUCAAAUCAGCCGCGAGUGAAUGUUCAAGCUCUACCAUGUUCAACUAGCACUUUACUUUUGGACAAGCGAUUUAAGUCAUUCAUGAGAGGCUCAAGGUCAAAGAAGAAGGUAAAACUUUGUCAAAGCAACAAAACUUUCAAAGGCUCAAACAAUGACCCGCACUUGAGUGCUCAAGCCAGCUCAGAAUCUCAAAGCAAUCAAACGAGUAUGCAGAAAGGGAGUUUAAGUUCUUUGUCUGAGGCAAAAUCUGCAGAAAAGGGGACCAAUUUAGGAAAGAAAAGGUGUUGUAAAUCACAAAUGAAGUCCAGUAAGGGUCAAAAAGUAGUUGCGAGAAAGAGUGGAAGAAUUAAACGGAAGAAGAGCAGAAAGAUAUCUCUUGUUAGAGAGGGAAAUUAUCAAGAAGUGUGUGCAGCUGAGGCUAUAGUACAUAUGUCUAGAAAGUCAGCCACUGAUUAUAUUACUUCCUUGGGCAGAAAUCUUCUUUGGUUCGCCGAGAUUUCUUCUUCGGUUGCAAAGAUGCAAAGAGAGAAGAAGCUAGAGGAGCACGAGACAGGUCUGAGAUGGAACUCUUCAGACAAAGGAGCAGCAGUCUCUAGCGUUGUCCUUGGGAAGCAGAGGGGAAGCCGGGCCAGGCAGGGAAAGCCGAAAUGCAAAGAUGACCAGGACGAUGAUAACGCGAGUAUAGGCACAUUUUCAGAAUGUGAAGCCAAUGAGGAUAUGCAGGUACUAGGAAAGCUAAUUGAAGCAUCUGAACUAAAGUGGAAUUGCAGGUUCCUCAAGAACAAGCGCAAAAGCUCUCCUCCUAAACCAAUAGAUGCUUUUACUUUUUGGGGGGAAGAAAAAACAGGCGUUUAUUGGGGAGCUUUGAAAAAGCGAAGACGAAGCUCUAGAAUUCCUGCUGCUAAUUUUACUCACAUGAUCAUCAACCAAGUAGUAUAGCCAAACUAAAGAAGUAAUUACAUCCCUUGCUAUAGUUUGCUUCAUGUUUUUCUUUUGGAGAAUUAAGAGUCUUACUCUUACUGAUGAUGCUUUUUGUAACAAGUCUUGUUCUAGAGAUGAAGACUACAUAGGAGAAACUAAACUUCUAGAAUAUUAGUUCCUCUAAUGCCAAUGACUGUGUUUUUUUA